UUUGCUCACAUAAUCCGGAACAGAACGUAUAUAGUGCACGUGUCUAUAUUAAAGUUUUACUAAUUACGUAUAUAAAUAGAAAACGGAUAUUUUUGUAAUGGAGAACAGGAUAGUGAAUUUCAAUCCCAUGCGCGUGAAGCCUAACAAAACUGUGACAGAUGCCGAACAAAUAUCCCGACUAAGGCCUUCCCAGUCCCCGCUGGCUAUCUCGCUAAGCCGGUGCCCACAAUGGUCGUCACUAGAUACACUGCAGUUCAAAGGAUAUUGGGACAAUGAAGUUAAUGGCAUACUCCUCAACAAUGGUUCUACAGCAUACUUCACAUUUGAAUCUGAGGUCAGACCGAUUCUCCGCGGCGGACCCCUCAUCGGAGAAUACGUAUUCGAACAGAUGCACUUCCACUGGUCCGUCGAUGACUUCUCUGGUUGUGAACACUUAUUAGAUGGACAAGGAUACGCAGCAGAAUGCCAUUUCGUCCACUAUAACAGUAAAUACGAAUCUAUGGAAGCGGCAGUAGGACAUCCUGAUGGUCUGGCAGUAGUAGGAUUCCUUCUAGAAGCUGUUGAUGCUCCAAAUCCAAGGUUCGAUAGGCUCGUCGAAGGUUUCGAAAGGAUCAAGAAAAGUGAACACUCUGUUAGAGUUACCUCAGAAUCCCUGUCAUGGAUGGACAGUGAUGACCUACAGGAAGGCAACUACGUGACGUAUAAAGGCUCGCUAACAACACCGCCCUACACUGAAUGUGUCACCUGGAUCAUAUACGAGAAACCCGUGCAUAUUGGAACUGAACAGCUCGGUCUACUAAGACAACUGGAAGGUCCCGACAGCAUACCGAUUGAGCGCAACGUGAGGCCAACGCAGCGGCAUCCCCCCGGUCACUCUGUUAUCUACGUGAAGCAAGUCAAGUCUAAGCUUUGAAAUAUAUUUAUAUAUCGUUGUUAUGUUACAA